AUGGCAGCUGCGAAAUAUUUUGGAGAGGAGAAAUUGGAGGACGCGACUUAUGCGAUAUAUCUACGUAAAGUACGCUAUGUAUCACCACUGAACAUCGAAUCUUCGGAUGAUCACACGUCAGAUGCAAAGAGAUGUGAAUGUUCUAUGGGCAACAUACCCGAUCACUUGCAUUGGGAAACCAUUCGAGAACGAAUUAUUCGUGCUGGAACAUUACAGAAACUAGUUGAGUGUCUUAUAAGCGAUGAUAUGUUGAUGGACUCGAGACAUUUUAAUGUUUUCUUCGCUACUUAUCGUUCUUUCUCAACAUGCUCAAAUGUACUCGAACUUUUACUUCAACGUUAUGUGUCGCUUGAGAUGAAUUCACUCGUAGUUGGCAAAACGAAAACUGUUACUUUGCAAUGCUCUCUACGUUCAAUAAUAAUGUGCUGGUUGGAAAUGUAUCCUGAAGAUUUCAAUGAGCCAAAUGCCGACUUUGCUACUUUGAUGCGAUUGAUCGAGUUUGGUAGAAUUCAUAAAAUCACAGAUGUAAGGACAAAAGCUCGGCAGUUGCGAGAAACCUAUAAACGUCGUGUUAUGGAUGGACGUUGUUUAGCUCAAAUACCUUCAAUGGAACAGUAUGUCUUCAGCACAGGUUAUGAUGCGCCAGAUUUCGAUGCAUGUGUGCAAAGGGCUAAUAUGUUCGACAUUGGAAGAGAGAAUUGCGUGCAGAUUGCAGAGCAACUUACUUUUUGGGAUGCUGAAUUGUUCAAAGAACUGUUACCACAGCAGUGCCAAGGUUGCGUAUGGAACAAAAGGAAUAAGCAAGGGCCAGAAACAGUGUACACUGUGAAAGCAACAAUUGAUCAGUUCAAUGCAGUCGUUCAAAAAGUGAUGACAAGUAUAGUUCUUCCGGAUUGUCGACCUGAUUUUCGAGCAAAAAUAAUCGCGAAAUGGAUCGACGUUGCAAGGGAGCUGAGAGCUUUGAAGAAUUUUUCAUCAUUAAAAGCAAUCAUAUCAACGCUUCAGUCGGAACCGGUUCACAGGUUGAAAUCUACAUGGACACAAGUUCCGAAUGUAUCAAUAGCUCAGUUCCGUGAAUUAGCAUCAAUAUUUGAUGCAGAUGAUGAUGGUGAAGAACGCCGAGCUAGACAAAUUCUUGAAGAAGAAGGUACGGCAAAGAAGUCACCGUUAAGACGACCACAACUUAUUCAGAAUUGUCGUAGAACAAAAAGCGAUGUUAAUUUAGCUGAAUCUCAAGGAACAGUACCCUAUCUGGGUACGUUCCUCACCGAUCUCUCCAUGAUUGACCAAGCUAAUCCUGAUUUCACAGAGGAAGGCCUGAUAAAUUUUGAAAAGCGACGAAAAGAAUUCGAAGUAAUUGCCAAAAUUCGUCUUUUUCAAUCUGCGUGUCGUGCCUACAAGAUCCCAAUGGAUAUGGCAUUUUGCUCAUGGUUCUGCUUUCUUCCGGCACUGGAUGAAAAUCAAUGUUUCGUAAGGUCGUUAGAAGUGGAAUUGCCAGUUAAUCAAACGGAUUCAUCGAAACCACUUCGGCCGUCACAGAUGUCGAAAAUGAAUACAUUAUCGCGGUUAAUAUCUGGUAUGAGUACAGAUGAGAAUCCAAACGACAGCGGACUAAUAUCUAAUGAUUCGGGUAUCGUAACUGAAGAUUUAUGGUACGAUGGUGUAACCAGACCUUUUGCGGAGAAGACAUUAGGAGCUGCGUGUAAUCUGUUUGGUAUCGUUUCUUCUCGAUCGUUUACUGCUCCUCCAACGCCAGCUAGCACAGUUUUCUGGAAAGGUAGCGAAUUUAGUCCCAGUACUGCUUUUUCACAACGACGAUCAACAAGUGGUUGUUGGGACAAGAAGCAUCAAUCAAAUGAUGUCAAGGAUGUGAAUGCAAAAAAUGAUGUAGUGAUGAAUACGCCGGAAACGUCAUCAGGUUCAUGCAUUUCGGGCAGUUCACUGCAACAGGCAACACCGUUCCAUCUUGCUCGAGUCGCUUUAGAUGAUUCAAUGAAGAAUGAUACAGGCACCGCUAAUUAUAAAUGUGUUAAGAUCGAAAAUGGUGAUAGAAUGGCAGAAUUAAUUGAAAGAACUUUAGAAAAACAUCUUAUUUGCGGUGAUCAUUCAGAAUACUGUCUUGUGCAGCUUCUGCCUGAUGGAUGUGAAUUUUGUUUACCGGAGAAAUGCAAUCCAUAUUACGCUGUAGCACCAGAUCCCACUUCAACUAUGUUGAACUUUGUGCUGCGACGAAAAAGUGAUACGGAACGAGUGGCAGUGUCAGGCGGUAUUGCAUCAUCGACUAAAAAAUUAAAUAAGAUGAAACGGUGUAAUUUACUGCGAUGGAGUAGUGGUUAUUUAUAA